GUCAUGGAUCAAGAGGUCGCAGUAAUAGAUCAAGAGGCCGAGAUCAUAGUGGUGAUGAACCAAGAGGUCGUGGUAAUGAGUUAAGAAAUCAUGGUAGUGGAUUGAGAGGUCGUGGUGGUAGAUCAGAAGGACAUGGUAGAGGUCGUGAUAGUGGAUCAGGAGGACGUGAUAGAGGUCGUGGUGGUGGAUUAGGAGGAUGUGGUAGAGGUUGUGGUGGUGGAUCAA